AUGUACGGAAGAAAAACACCAACAACAUAUCGAUCUACACCUUCAGUGUAUUCACAUUACACUGCAAAAUCAUCUACGAAUCUUCGUUCUUCGAAAUCUGUCCGAUCACUAAGAGUACCAUGGUAUCAAAAACCUAUAUUACAUGAUGCAUACGUACUCGAUCUUCAAAGGGGAUCUUUGCUGACUGCUUGCAUAUCUUUGUUUAUAGCUCUGUUUACAUUCGCACAAAGUAUUUUUGAUCUGUACUGCCUUGGUAUGGCAGCACCAGGCUCGGUUCAUUACGGAUAUUAUGUAAUAAGCUUCCAGUUUGUGUAUGUCGGAAGUGCACCUGUUCGGAAUGUCCUCAUAGUGUUUUCUCUGUUUUCAUGGAUUGGUUCCAUAGCUGUACUAGUAACUAGUAUCAUAUUAAUAAUUGCUUUAAGAAAGGAAUAUGAAAAACGUAUAGUCCCAUGGCUUUAUACCUUUGGAGUUUUCAUACUGUUUCGAUUGGUGGCCUUUCUUUUUGCAUCUAUUGUCAAUGAUAUGAUAUUCACAUAUAACAUACUGAUGUGCCUUUGUUGGAUUGUGUUUUGUGUCACCGGAGUGUACGGAUGGGUUUUGGUAUACAGUUUAUAUCUGGAACUGUCAGAUCUGACUAAAUUGGAGGACUUGGCGCAUUUAAGAAUGGGCACAAUGGCAUCCCUGAAUGCCUCUCUCGCUGGGUCCAGACCAACCACUCCUCACUCCACAGUCUCGACUAUGCCAGCAUCGCAGAUA